AUGAGAAUUGCUGUACGUCUAGUUGACGGAAGAAGUCCUAACGAGGGACGUGUAGAAGUACGAUACAACGGUACUUGGGGAACCAUAUGCAAGUCCAAACGCAGGAGUUACAUCGAAACUGCUGACGUCAUAUGUAAAAUGCUGAAUUACAAAAGAGGAGUCAGAAUAGGAACUGCUCUUGUUAAAGGAACUGGUCCCAUCUUACUUAAAGGACUGGAUUGUUAUGGAGGUGAACGAUCUAUUGAUGAAUGUCCUCAUGACGGCUGGCUUAACACCAAUGGCUGUCAUCACAAACAAGAUGUCCGUGUGAUAUGUCAUGGUCGAAAACUAG